AUGAGACUAAAGACUAAGGUGGAGCCAGAGAACUACCUUCUCGAUGAUGAGAGACACGGCAUUCACCUCGACGUGAAGAGCAACGCUAAGCAAGGGUGGCCUUCCCCGAAUCUCUCGCAGACCACUCGCAACUCCGACACCCACCUUCCUGAACCACGACAUGAUCUACUGGAAGGCCUGAGGUGUGUGACGGUACUGCUGGGGCUGCUGCCGGGACGUGGCGCUGAGGUCAGGGUGUCCUGCUGGGCCAGAGCAAGAUUCUGUUGCACCCUUGUCGCGGUGGUAAUAGUUGCCACCCCUUUCAUCAUUGUCGAGGGUUACUUGUGGCCGAAGGAUGCGGUGAGGACAAAGGGCGAGGCCAUCGUGAGCACGGUGAUGAUGAUCUCCUUCGCCUUCUGCCUCACGCUCACCGGCUGGUUCAUCACAGCUUCCUUCUGGGCCCGUCAAGGCUCCAUCGUAGCUCUCUUCCAGCAGUGUAGCCAACUGCAUCCCACCAGUCCCAGCGUGUGGCCGCACAUCGCCAGAGUCAUGUUUCUCGUGGCUCCGCACUUGAUUAACUACUUGUUGUACUCCACGUGGUACAACGUCUUCAGGAUUGGCCCCAACACUCCCCACGGGACGUUCUUGGUGUUCCUGGUAUCCUACGUGUGGCUGCACGUGCUGCAGGUCAUGCCCUUAGCCUACUUCUUGUUCUUUGGUCAGCUCAUUCUGGAUUCUCUAGCAGCCAACAACCAAGACCUCACCCGCGCCCUGCAGGAGGCGGCCGGCGAGGCGCCCCUGCUUCAGAUCCACCAGCGGACGCUGACGCUGAGGCGGCUAUACGGCGAACUGGAGCGGGUGUUGUCGCUACCUCUGCUAUGGUGCAAAAUAUUCAUCACCUUCAUACUCACCGACAACAUGUAUUUCAUGAUGACCUUCCAGGAAAAACAUGGCAUGAACUUCUACCAGUACUGCUGCUCCGUGUCCAGCGUGCUCACGCUGGUUGGCGUGGGCCUGGCAUGCCGCAUGGCAGACAACAUCAGAGAGCAGGGCGAGGCUCCGGUUGAGAUUCUGACGACCCUAGGAGGCACGAGAGGCGAAGACCACACCCCCUCCCUUACGUGGCCCUCAGUACCGCAUCAGGUGACCAUUUAUCGACUGGCGGAGCGACCCUUGGUUCUAAAAGUUGGCACCCUCUACCCACUCUCCCUCACCAAUCUCCUUAGCUCUCCGCCGUCCUGACGCAGCAGAGAGCAGCGCGCCUAGCCUGACGCCACCUGAGCAGACACCGUAGGCAACUUGAGCUGCAGAACGAUGACGAAGUAGGACACAACAGCGC